AUGGUGACUUGGCAGGACAGCACUCUGUUCCUGUUUAGGAAUAUCAACGAUGUAAAUCAUCAAAAAGCUGACUGGGUUAGUAUCCACGAGCAAAUAUGCCAGCUACUGAUUCCAAUCCGUACGUCCCUCCCUUUUCUCCUUUCCGAAAAAGAAAGAAAACAUGGCACGGAACAGCUGGUGAAGAGGCAGAAAUACAUCAUCGAUCUCGCGUACAGGACAGCACAGCAGUUUGUUUGGGAUGGCAAGCAUAAAGAAGCAAUACCUGCAGCUUUGCACGCGCUGCGUUUCGGUACUGAAGUGUACGGCUCAAAUUCUGUGCAAUUGGUGCCUGCUUAUCUCCUCUUGGCUGAGGCCUCCGCUGGUGUUGGCAAUCUUCUGGAGGCAUCUAAAUAUCUCUCCCAAGCUCAGUGGAUUGUCCUGGGAACUCCAGGCUGCAGUGCUGCUGUUCAGUAUAAAUUACACCGUAGCCUGGGCCUUUUCUAUGCCACUGAAGGAAACUUUGAACAGGCUUUAUAUCACCUGGCGAAUGAUAUUUACCUUGCUAGUUCUACAUUUGGAGUCAAAUCUGUUGAGGCCUCUGGAGGGUAUUUCCACAUGGCCAAUGUUUUCUUUCGCCAGAACAAAAUGGAUGUAGCAAACUCACUCUAUGCCAAGGUAACCGACAUCUGGCGUGCCUUUCUUGUGAAGUCAGUUCAAACGCAGGAGCAAAUUCUCAAGUCACGACCGGAAAUGUCUCCAUUCGCCGGGGACAAGGAAGUCAGCGAAGACCGUAUGACUGAAGCCCAGCAAGCAGAAGCAGUCCGAGUGCUGAACGCAGUAUUGGACAUCAGGGAACAGGCACCAAAGCAACAACUCGGGGAAACUGCCAGGGUUCUGCACGCGCUUGCCAUGCUUUAUUACCUGAUCUCGGAUUUACCAAAGGCUCGUGAGGCGGCGGUGAGAGCCUUGGACCUGGUGAAACAGCUGCCCCAACAGGAGUCUGUAGAAACCAUCGGUCAUUUGUUAAAGUUGAUUAACGCCAAGCUGUCCUGCACGAAAUAA